AUGGCGGAACAAAGGGUCAUUAUAAGAUGGCUGCGCCCAUAUCCAUUUGCAGGAGAUGUCUACAGAAGAGACACCAUUGAUUCAAGCCAUUAUCCAGUAUUCCAUCAAAUGGAAGGGGUCAAAUUAUAUAGUGAACGGGAGUUAUUCAAAAAUGUGAAUGAUCCUACAUCACUCAAAUUGUUUGAGAACGCAAGAAGAACAAGCGUGAAACAAGAAACACACACAAUGGAAACCGUCAAACUGGUUGAAUUUCAAUUAAAACAAACACUGACUGAAUUAAUGGAGCAUUUAUUUGGCAAAGAUAUUGAAACUCAGUGGAGUGAAGUGUAUUUUCCAUUCACUCAUCCUUCCUGGGAGCUGGAAAUUAAAUUCCAAGGAGAAUGGUUAGAGGUGUUGGGCAGUGGUGUCAUGGAACAAGAAAUACUCAACACUGCGGGUGCAGCUAAUAAAGUUGGUUACGCUUUCGGAUUAGGACUGGAAAGAUUAGCUAUGAUUUUAUUUGGUAUUCCGGAUAUCCGAUUAUUUUGGAGUGAAGAUGAGAGAUUCCUAUCGCAGUUUAAAGUAGAUGACCCAUAUGAUGUCAAAUUUAAGCCCUUCAGUCGGUACCCACAGCUACGUAACGACAUCUCAUUCUGGUGUCCAGAUGGCUAUCAUUCUAACGAUUUCUACGAUAUCGUACGUUCCAUCGGUGGUGACUUAGUGGAGCAGGUGACAUUAAUUGAUGAAUUUGUGCAUCCUAAGACUCAAAGACUGAGUCAUUGUUACACAGUAAUUUACAGACAUAUGGAGAAAACACUUACACAGAAAGAAGUGAGCAUUCUACAUGGUAAAAUUGCUACGGUUGCUGAGAAUAUGCUCGGAAUUGAAGUUAGAAAGUAA